AUGACAGCAAUGCUUAUAUGUUGUACAAGCAGCACUUCUACUAAUUACCCCAAUGAUACAUUCCUUAAACACCUGACAUUACUACCUCACGGAGUAAGCCAAAAUGGUUACCUACCACCGGUCAUCUUAGACGUGUUCUUAACGCUUAAUCUCCUCGUCGGCUCCGACGUCAUCAGCGUGUUCGGUAUCGUCGGCAACAUCGUCAACAUCAUCGUCUACCACCACCAGGGCUACGACGACAGCGUCAACAUCACCCUCACGGCAUUAGCUGUCAGCGACAUCGGCGCUCUCGUCACACUUAUCGUCAUCAACGCCAUGUUAAACCCGUGGCUGUUGAGGUCUGACGUCACGUUCGCUCCCGUUGAAAUAGCCUACACGACAAUGUUCUAUCCGCACAAUUAUUUCAUUCGCGUCAGUGGUUUUAUCACGGCCUUUGCUUCCUUUGAAAGAUGCCUAUGUGUGUUAAUCCCUUUAAAAGUUAAACGCGUUAUAACGAAACAAAGAACGGUCACUAUAAUAGUUGCUAUUUACAUCAUUCUAUUACUCAAUUUUGUUCCCAUAUACUACGUUGCAUACAUAGAUUUCAACUUCAACGUUGUUAAAAACAAAUCUAUUCUUGGAUUGACUUUCCGGGAAAACCCAUACAAAGUCUUCAGCAUAUCCUACUAUUUCACAGACCUGUUCGUUCCGUAUUUCACAUUUUUCGUCAUCAUCGUCUGCACCAUCAUCAUCGCCAUCAAACUCAAAACCCGAGCAACUUGGAGAAAGUCUGUCACUAGAACAACAACAACCACCACAGUCGUGUCAAGCAAGGAGCAGAAGACGGUGGUCAUGCUAAUGGUGGUGUCGGUUAUAUUUGUCGUCUGCCUCCUCCCGCAGUCCGCCAUCUUGACCACCAUUAGCUCCGUGCCUGAGCUCAGCGUGGUUGGAGCUUAUCUCGACCUGACGCUGCUGUUGCUGAGCGUGGCGUUUUUCGCCGAGACCAUCAGCUCCAGCGUGAACGUGGUCGUGUAUUACAAGAUGAGCAGCCGGUACAGGGAGACUCUGCUCACGCUGAUGCACGUGUUUAGACAAAAGUAUCUGGGAAAGUAA